AUGUCCGACCCAAAGAAUACUUUCGCCGUCGGUAUAGACGUCGGCACCGGCAGCGCACGAGCUUGCAUUAUUGAUUUCACCGGCGAACUCCUCGCCGAAGUCUCAAAAGAAAUUAAAACAUGGAACCCUAGAGCCGACUACUAUGAGCAAUCGACUACAAACAUUUGGGAGUCAAUUUGCUACUGCGUUCGCACAUGCCUUGAGAAAGCCAAUGUAGACCCUUCGAAAGUCACAGGCAUUGGAUUCGAUGCAACAUGUUCACUGGCAGUAUUGAGCGAAAGCACAGACGAACCGGUUUCCGUAGCUGGUCCUAAUUUUGAAGAACCCGAACGAAAUGUCAUUUUAUGGAUGGACCAUCGUUGCCCUGACGAGACCGCCUCCAUCAAUGCCACCAACCAUAGGCUUCUCAAAUACGUCGGCGGCAAAAUGUCAAUUGAAAUGGAAAUCCCCAAGGUUCUAUGGCUUAAAAACCACAUGCCAAGUGACAAAUUCCGGGACUGCAAAUUUUACGACCUUGUUGACGCAUUAACUCAUAUUGCUAGCGGGAAGGAGACUCGUAGUUUCUGCUCCGCCGUGUGCAAACAGGGCUAUGUUCCCGUUGGAAUUGACGGCAGUGUAAAGGGCUGGCAAGAUGAUUUUUUGAAUAGCAUUGGAUUGCCAGAACUGGUAGAGGACGGAUUUAAGCGAAUGGGCGGGAUACAUGGCGAGUAUGCAAAGACUGGGACGAUACUAUCUGCAGGCGAGUUGGUUGGCGGGCUGUGUAAAGAGGCGGCUGAGCAACUGGGUUUGCCGGUGGGGACAAAGAUUGGAAGCGGCGUUAUUGAUGCGUAUGCCGGUUGGGUUGGAACUGUUGGAGCAAAGGUCGAGUUACAGGAGCCGCUCCUUGACGAAUCAAUACCCAAUAACAGUUUAGAACAAGCAUUCACUCGGUUGGCUGCUGUCGCUGGAACAUCAACUUGCCAUCUCGUUAUGUCAAAGGAUCCCGUAUUUGUUCCCGGAGUCUGGGGACCUUAUCGGGAUGUUAUUCUUCCAGAGUUUUGGAUGGCAGAAGGUGGUCAAUCAAGCACUGGCAGUUUACUGAACCACGUUUUAACUACACACCCAAGCUAUGCAGCUACAAAGGCGCAGGCGGCGGAGAACGGGCAAAGUGUUUAUGAAUUGUUGAAUACGAGGCUCGAAGAAUUAAGAGUCGAGCAGAAUGCACCAACCGUUGGUUACGUCGCAAGACAUAUCUUUUUCUAUGGCGAUCAUCAUGGGAACAGAAGCCCAAUCGCCGACGCCACAAUGCGAGGCUCCAUCAUCGGCCUGAGCAUGGAUACUUCAAUAAAUGACUUGGCACUUCAAUAUUACGCUGCAAUGGAGUUCAUAGCUCAGCAAACUCGUCACAUUAUCUCAGCGAUGAACGACGCCGGUCACACAAUCAAGACGAUUUUUAUGUCCGGUGGCCAGUGCCGAAACCCGAUAUUAAUGUCCUUGAUUGCAAAUGCGACAAGGCUACCCGUUGCGAUACCGCGAUAUAUUGACGCAGCCGUCGUAUUAGGAUCUGCCAUGCUGGGAGCAAAGGCUGCUAGCGCAGAUGCUACCGGAAAAACAGAGGGUCUAUGGGAGAUUAUGGAUAGGUUGUCGAAGCCAGGAAAGAUGGUGGAGGUUACGAAAGACAAACACGAGCUCGCAUUAUUAGACGCCAAGUACAAAAUAUUCUUACAGAUGAGCGAAGAUCAACAGAGAUUUAGAAAGAGUAUUGAUGCAGAGGUUCACGGGUGGAAGCAGUAA